AUGCAUGAUCUCUGCAACCUGCACGCACCGCUGUAUCAGGAUCAUCUGGGCUGCCAUCAGCUGUCUCUGGCGCAUCUUCUUCAAGCCGUGUGUCAAGCUAACAUUAUCGAACGAUUCGGCAUCUUACUGGAAGAAAAUUGCGAUGCAGCCUGCUCGUUUGAGCAGCUGCGCAUGUGGUUGGCUUUCACACAACAAGUCGCGCUUUUUGGCUCUGAUCCAAGGCUUCAGCCAAGCGUUUGGCGUCUGAUAGAAGCGUCUUUUGAAUGGCUGCUGAGGCUGCCAGGUCAUCGCCUCAAAGUGGCCCCAGUGUCAGAAAUGAAGCAGAUUCUGAAGCUUUUAAGUGCCAUCAGCUCUCUUGCUGCUUUUGAGCCUAGCCUCGUGCGCGACAAGAAGCACGCUGUUCUAAACAAGUGCUUGCGCCUCUCCAGCCUUCAAGCUCAGGUCUUGGCUCUCAACAUCCUGUCGGGAGAGAUUGCGCCAACUCUCGCGCAACAACCGGAACAAGGUGACUGUGCAGAGCCUAUGCUCAAUGAUCAUGAACUCGAUAGCCUCUCGGAGUGGCUGGCACGGGAGCAUAUCCUCGAGGAUUUAGUCCACGAUCAAUUGCACGAAGAACUCUUAAAGCGUUUGCGCCCACUUUUAUCGCUGCAAGCGCUCAAGGGCCGACUUGCGCUCAAUGUGUGGCAACGUCUGUUGGAGGUGGCCUUGUGCAAACACGACUCUCUGGCUCAAUGGGCCCUGGCUUGCUUGCCAGCCCUAUACAUGGCCCCGGCGGAGCAUUUAUCUCAGUUGCAUUUGGACAUGUGCAAACGGGGGACUGAUUUGCCAAGGACCCCGACUUUAUGCCUUGCUUAUUGCAAGGUGCUCAUCAUCUGCUCUCAAGCGUUGAUGCGCUCAGAUGCCGCUAACACACACGUCCUCGAGAACUGUCUCAAUGUCGCUACCCAGGCUCAAAGCUUGCCUUGCGCUGCUGACGUCCUGGCCCUGCUUCAAGACUUUUUGAGCAGCCUCUCACGCCCAGCCAUCCUGCAAGCCGCUCAGCUGGCCUUGGUCAGCCUUUGCAAACCCCAGCUGUCGUUGACACAUGCCCUCAAUUUGCUUGGCUGUGUCAUCGACGCCGCGUUGCGUGUACCAGAUGCCGGUGCAAAAUUGUUGCACGAGGCGCAAGUACAAACUGGGCUAAUAGGUCUGAUGCCACUGGCCGAGUCAACCGACUUGCUGCGCAUCAUACAGCUCUGGCUACGCGCAUAUAAUCUUCAAUAUCCAAUGCCGUGGCCGCAACUGGAAGGAGUCUGGGACAUGCUUCUCCCGACGCAGAGUCGGCUGGGUCUUUUGCUUAACGCAUUGUAUCAGCAGGCGGCUCGUUCCUGGAGUUGUGACACCCUCUACGGAUGUGACUUUUCUGCGCAGCUUUUGCAAAUCUUGGCACGUGACAUGGGGCUAGCUGGGCCAGAAGCGGCCCCUUUGUUCCAUCGGCUCUUUAUCAACCUGGGCAUUGAGAACCAAUCAAUUGUGCUCAAAGGUCCUCAUAUGGAUCUUUUCACAUUAUGCACGCCCCGGGGCUACGGCGAGCUGAUGGACACUGUUCAAUAUGGAUCGAGUGUCCUGACUGACCUCCUUUCAACCGUUGUUUGUAAUACCUGGCCGUCUGAACGAGCAAUCAAGGCUCGCAGGGAUUUUAUUGACCGGGCCAUCACCGAAGCCCAGACAGCUCCCAACGUGGCUUCCCGAACGCCAUCUGCUAUUGUGUGGAUGAGCUUGCUUGCCGAGAUGAUGGUCAAGCUUUCCUCUUCUGUGCUGCACUCGCACGCCCCACGCUGGCUGCAACUUAAUCUGUGGGAGAACAACGUCAAUGUUGAAACAAUUUUCGUCUCCUCCAUGGCUCUCGUCAUGGAUGUUAUUGAUCAGAGCUCACAUUUGACCCAACUUCUCCCACCAGCUUCGGCCUUUGACUCCCGUCAGCUGCCGGUCCGGCUUCAUGCUUAUGUGCCAACUACAGCCACAGGCACUGCGCUCUCCUCUCCUGACAUGCUACAGUCUCUGGAAGACCCACUUUUGUUUCACGUUUCAGGACUAGGCCCUUGUGACCUCAUCGUCAAGCCACGGCGGUCCAAUCGCCGAUUACGUGACGCUGUCUCUAUCACGUUUCCCUCGGACCCUGCGUUGCCGCGUUCGAGUUACGCCUCCGUGCAGGCGUUGCAGCACAUCCAGCCCAGAUGCAUGCUGGCGGAUAAGCCAAGCCACUUGCGAUGCCUAUUUGAGUUGACAAGAGGCAGCACAGACAGCCUGGCAGACCCGCAAAAAUUGGCCAGCUUGGCCGCGACCGUGCUCGAGCACGUCCGCAUCAGUCCCGAGUUGCUGGGUGAAUGGUUGGCGAAGGACAGGCUUCUGACUGCCCUCGGCGAUUGUCGCCUUUUUCAAGUCACCACCUUGGCCCGACUGAUGCACCAAGAACUAACGACUGGUGUUGAUGUGCGCCCUUGCUUGCGUCACGAAAGUGUCAUCGCCGCAACUGUCGCAGCACUUUCUCACUUUUUAAAUCCGCUGCCAAGCACCGGAGAGCCUCAUCAAGUAGAUCGGUGCAUCGCCCUUCUUUGCCAGUGCUUGGGUACAAUGCUGAUCAGCGAACCACAGGAGCCAGGCCUGUCCAGCGCUACCGUACUUGAGUGCGUCAACAAGGCUUUGAACAGAGUUUUGGAGGGUCAUCCGAUUGUGGCUGAGUCGUGUGUGCAUUUGCUACCAACUCUUCAGGCGCUCCUACGCUGUUUUCCACGUGCGCGGGCAGAAUUUGUGACCAACGAAAAUUGUUCGCGUCUGAUUGCAUUUGUUGCCUGGCGUGGGCAUCUGCCCUUGGGCGAGAGCGCAGCCAAGAUCCUCGAACAACUUGGUUCAUCUCCAACUGCCCCCGGACCAGAGUGUGCAGACGUAGCGCGUGCACCUACAGGCGCGCCUAUUGCUCUGCUUGUCGGCGCGAUUAUUGGCGCAGUGAGGGAGGCACCGCUGGACAAUGCACCUGGCUGGCUGCGUCUCCAAGGUGUUUGUCGCACUUUGCUCAAACAGCAUUUGCCAGAUGCAGCACCACACACAUCCACAACAACUACACCAGCCAUCAAGUCAACAUUUGCAACGGCCAGCACAGAGAAACCAUUAGCGAUGCAGACAUUGUUGCAGAGCUGGUUUUGCAUGCUGAAAGCAGCGCUUUUGACAUGGAAGAGCAAGGAAUGUCCCGGCGUGAGCACCACCGACUUUGGUUUGGUGUUUCACCUCGAGGUUUUGGCCGCCCUCGUACCUAAACUUGAUUUGUGCGCAAUGACCUCCGAAUUCCAUGAUUUGGCAUUGUGCUUGACCACACAGUUUCUUUACGCUCUGCCUGACGAGGUGUCUCGCUCUGAGCCCACGUGUCCAAAGUGUGUUAUGCGCGACUCUCGAGCGGCUGCCGGCAAGCUUUUGCGGCUUCUUUUAGCACAUGAUGAACCAGGUCAAAAGACAACAGUUGCUGCUUUGGUCCAAUUUCACUCUCCCUAUUUUCACGACCCCGAGGCUGCCAACGCUUUGGCAGACAUUGAGUUGAUUGCUGCCGCUGGCUAUUGCGGCCUUCAAAAUUUGGGUGCGACAUGCUACAUGAAUGCUUUUUUGCAACAGCUGUUUUUCAUGCCAGCCUUUUGCGCUCGCCUUUUGGCCAUCCGCGCCGCACCUGAAAGUCAGGAUUCACAACUUUCUGCACCGCUGCCUCAACUGCAAGAUCUCUUUGUUGAGCUGAAGUAUUCCAUUGGGCGUUUUGUGCCAAUGCACGAACUAUGCGCAGCAUAUACCGAUAUGGCCGGUCAACCCAUCAAUCCUCGCGAGCAAGUUGAUGUGGAUGAAUUUAUGAAUCAGGUGAGUCUUUGA